AUGUCUUCAAAGAGCCCACGGAAGAGGCUCCAAACAGAAGCCACUUGCCCCAGCUGCCUGGAAUAUUUCAUUGACCCCAUGAUCCUAGACUGUGGCCACAACCUCUGCUUCCGGUGCAUUUCCCACAUCUGGAGGGAGCCCCAAGUGAUGGCCAGGUGCCCCCAAUGCACGGCCGUGGUGCAUCGGCAAAACUUUAAAGCCAACUUGCAGCUGGCAAACAUGGUGGAGAUAGCCAGAGCAUUGGGCAAACAGAUCAAAGUAGAAGGAGAUGGAGGAAAAUGCUGCAAGAAGCACCAGGAGGCCCUGAAGCUCUUCUGUAAAGAUGACAAAAUCCCCAUCUGCCUGGUAUGUGACAGGUCUAAGCAGCACCUCAAGCAUCACGUCGUUCCAAUGGAGGAGGCGGACCAGGAAUACAAGAUCUGGAAUUGCCUGGAGACUCUAAGAGAAGAAAGAGACAAAAUAAUAGCAUGCAAAACACUCAUAGAAAAGGAGAGCCAAGAUCUACUGAAACAAACAAAAGCUGAGAGGACAGAGACCGCUGUCGAGUUCCAAAGCUUGCACCUGUUUCUAGAGGAGCAAAAGAAGCAUCUGCUGUCCCAGAUAGACGAGGUGGAGGAAGAAAUUGCCAGGGAAAGAGAUGAGAACAUGGCAAGGCUGUCUCAGGAACUUUCUUCCCUUGAGACUCUCAUCCGAGAGAUGGAAGAGAAGCAGCAGCAGCCGGCGGAUGAACCCCUAGAGGAUAUUGGAAAUGCUUUGGAGAGGUGUCGGAAGUGGAAGCUGGCGAAUCCUGUGGCUUUCGGCCCUGAGUUGAAAUGGAGCAUCUGGGACAUCUGUGAUAUAACACCGUAUCUGAAGAAUGUACUUGAACAAUUCAAAGACCAUCUGAUAUCUGGAUUUUGCCUACGGAGAGCAAGCCUCCAUUUUGAUCCACUCACAUCAGGCCCCUGGAUCAUCCUGUCUGCGGAUUGUAAAACCAUGUCAGAGGGAGACCGGUACCAAGCUUUGUCCAACAACCCUGAGAGGUUCGACACGUGCAGUUUUGUCUUGGCCCAGGAGGGAUUCACAACAGGCAGGCACUUUUGGGAGGUCCAUGUGGGGAACCAGGAGCAGUGGGCCGUCGGAGUGGCCAAAGAGUCGGUGAAGAGGAAAGGCGAUGUCGUCUGUGGUCCUGCAGAAGGGAUCUGGGAAAUGGGGGUCUGGGCCGGUGAGUAUCGGACCUUCAACCCGCCCGCUGACCCCAUCCUCUCUUUGCGGGACAAGCCUAGAAAGGUCUACGUGACUCUCAACUGCGAGGGGAGACGAGUGGCCUUUUAUGACGCGGAUCGAGCAAACCUGCUUUGUGAGUUCACAGAGACAUCAUUUGACAGGGAAAUACUUCGUCCAUGGUUUUAUGUGGCCAAGAGAGCACACCUCACACUCUCUGACUAA